AUGGCCUCUUUUACCAUCCAAGAUAGGCAUGAACAUCAUUGGGUGCAAGAUUUCUUUGAUACAUUCAGUCCAAUGGUAAAACCCACUACUGUUAGAUUGCUUCUUGCCUUAGCUAUUUCCUCUGGUUGGGUUAUUAGACACCUUGAUGUCUAUAAUGUUUUUCUAAAUGGAAAUUUUUCUGAAACUAUGUACAUGAAGCAACCCCCUGGUUAUAUUGAUGCUCAGACAAUUAAAUGUGAUGAUGGUAUAUUGUUGUCACAACAAAGAUACAUGACUAUUAUUUUGAAACGUGAUGGAAUGAUAGAAUGUAAAGCAUUAUCUACUCCUAUUUCUAUUUCGAAAUCUGUUCCAUUCAGUGCAGACCUAUAUGAUGAUCAUACUCAAUAUAGAAGUCUAGCAUGA